AUGGAGGCGGUAGUCUUGCUGAUAGAGGUGCUGGUGGUAUCGGCCCUCUGCGCGGAAGAGCCGAUUAAAAAUGUUUCCGGCCAGUGUAUGCUGCCCCUCGGCAUGGAGGAGGGAAAAAUCCCGGACGACGCGAUAACGGCUUCCUCCAGCUACGAGAUGAAGUCGGUCGGUCCGCAAAAUGCAAGGAUCCGCCAGGAGAAGAACGGUGGGGCCUGGUGUCCGAAGGCGCAGAUCAGCAGCGACAUCCGGGAGUACCUCGAGGUGGACUUGACGAAGGACCACCUCAUCACGUGGACGGAGACCCAAGGUCGCUUCGGGAACGGUCAAGGCCAGGAGUACGCGGAGGCCUUCUUCCUGGAGUACUGGCGGGACGUCAAGUGGCAUCAGUACAAGAACCUCAGAGGAGAUCGGGUCCUCCGGGGUAACAGCAACACCUACCUCGUGGAAAAGCAAAAGCUGGACCUGCCCUUCGUGGCCAGCCGCGUCCGGUUCGUUCCCUACAGUCAGCACCCCAGGACGGUCUGCAUGCGCGUGGAGAUAUACGGCUGCGUGUGGGAGCAGAGGAUCGCCCGCUACUCGGCUCCAAAAGGUGAGCAGGUGGGUCCGAACGGUCGCACCGUCGAAGACACCUCCUACGACGGCGUCGAAGACGACGGGCUUAUGGUCGGAGGUCUCGGCCAGCUGACCGACGGUCUCUUCGGGGAUGACCCCGACGUCAUCACCAGCGGCUCCUCCACAAACUGGGUCGGCUGGAGCGACCGGGACUUUGUCGAGCUGGUCUUCGAGUUCGACGAGGUCCGCGAGUUCGAAAACUGCUCCGUGCACACGGCAAACCUGCCGAAACGAGAGGUCGAGGCACCCGCUGCGAUCUCGGUGUGGUUCUCCUACGACGGCAAGCGGUACCAUCCGAAUCCAGAAAGAUUAGAAUUCAGUGGGGACAUCAGAACUCCCACGGGCGUCGUGUCGGUGCCUCUGCAGUCCAGGACGGGUCGCUUCGCCAAGGUGGUCUUCAGGCCGAGGUCCAAGUGGCUCCUCAUCAGCGAGGUCACGUUCGAAUCGGUCUCAGGCUCCAGGAACUUCUCGGGGGAGUCGCUGGACCAGCUCUUCAGGGCCUGCGAGAACGACACGGACUCGGAGUCCGACCUGGACGGUUCAGGGCCGGGUUACAACGAGACUAUAUUCGAGAUCAACGCGAACCUCACCCCGGAUGCAUUUCCUGUGAGCAAUUCGCAGACGUACAUCGGUCUCGUCAGCGGUGCAUUGACGGUGGGCGCGUUGCUGCUGACCUGCACGGUCUUUCUGAUGAAGCAACGAGGUCGCAACAAGGUGGCCCUGCUGCAGAAGCACACCGCGCUGCUGUGCGGCUCCCCGGCACCGGGGAUCACCAUAAACAUGAAGGACAUCAAGCUGGCGACCCCGAUAGUGGUGAACGGGCUUUCGCAGUCGAGGCUCUCGGUCAAGAGCAAGACCUACUCGGGGGACGAGCACGUCUCCCGCAGCGGAGAAAACACCGCCAGCAGCGAGUACGAACACUGCAGCGUCUACGAGAGGACCUACAAGCUCUUCUCCGAGGAAAACCUGGCCUACGAGCCGCACACCCACAAGAGCGAGCACUUCUCCAGCUGCAAAACCGACUACACCGACGUUACAGAUUUCACGAGCGAACGGAGCUUUCCCGACGACAAGCCGAUGGACCGGGUGGUUCCCACGCCCUAUCCCGUGAAGAGGCUCAGCCAGGCCUCUUCCAAGGCCAGCCACGAGGUCUACGAGGGCUACUACGCCGCUACGGAUAUAUUGACGAUCAAGCGAAGAGAGCAACACUCCACGUCGAGUCUCUUCACCUCCCUGCAUAUACAGGACAGCAUGCACCUCUCCAACACGACGACUUCUUACAACAUCCAACACAUCUCCAGGCACAGACUCAGGAUUCUGGACAAGCUCGGGGAGGGUAGCUUCGGUCUGGUGCACCUGUGCGAGGCGAAGGGCAUCCUCAGUCCGGAUCUAGGUACCACGCGGAAUCGACAAGUCGUGAUCGUGAGAUCGCUAUGGCGAGGAGUGACCGACUCCUUGAGGAAGGACUUCAUGAAGGACAUGUACGUCCUGGCCGCGCUGAGGGAUCCCAACAUCGCCCGGAUCACGGCCCUGGUGGAGGAGGAGCCCUUCGGGGCCGUCUUCGAGUACGGGGAACUCGGCGACCUGCCCUUCUUCCUACGCAAACGCGAGAAAUCGAGCGACGACUUGCCGUUAAGCUACGACUGCCUGUUGAGCUUCGUCGGACAAAUCGCCUCCGGCAUGAAGUACCUGGAGAACCUCAACAUCCCUCAUCGCGACCUAGCGGCAAGGAAUUGCAUCGUUAACAAGAACCUGACGAUCAAGGUGUCCGACCACGCCAUGUAUUGCAGUAAAUACGAGCAGGAUUACUACGUCAACGAGUACUACGCGAAGAUACCCCUCCGCUGGAUGGCUUGGGAAGCCGUGCUGCUGGGCAAGCAGACAUGCCAGGCCGACGUCUGGUCCUACGCCGUCACCGUGUGGGAGAUCCUGACGAGCUGCGAGGACCAGCCUUUCGCGGACCUGACGUCCGAGCAGGUUCUGGAGAACUUCAGCAAGUGGUACCACCGGGGUACCACCGAGAAGAACCAGCCGCGGCUGCCUCCGCAGCCGUCCCUGUGCUCGAGGGACCUCUACCACAUGAUGACCAAGUGCUGGAGCAGGCACGCCGAGGACAGGCCCACAUUCGAGGAGAUCCACCUCUUCCUCAAGCGACUGAGCUUCGAUUGA